AUGAAUUCUAAGUCGCUUCGUAGGCUAGCUGGCGACCAUGGUUCCCUCCACACAGCUGGUCUCCCUCCAAACUACCUAUUCCCACCGUCGUCGGACGCCUCUGCGGAUCUGACCUCCCUCGAUGUGCUUCUCGCCGGACCCGUGGGCACACCUUACGCUGGCGGUGUCUGGCGACUGCAUCUCGAUAUACCACCCAACUACCCGAAUGCCCCACCUACAGCACAAUUUCGCACGCGGCUAUGGCAUCCCAAUAUCGACGAAAGGACUGGCGCUGUCUGUGUGGAGACACUGAAACGGGAUUGGAGCAGCUCCCUUAAGCUGAGAGACGUCUUGGUUACAAUAUCUUGUUUACUUAUUCAACCGAAUCCAACAAGCGCGCUCAACGAAGCAGCAGGGAAAUUGGCCACUGAAGACUGGGACACAUACUGUAGGCGUGCCAAGCUAAUGACCGAGAUCCAUGCUCCAGUACCUGUAAACAUAGCAGAUCAGGUCAGAGAAGCUCAGAUGCGGGGGGAUGACUUCAUUCCACGGCCUGAGCUACCCACGUCCAAGCCAAAACGCAAUGGAGAGGAACUCGAACAGGCUGGACUUCUACAUUCGGCUUCGAAACUACAGAAAGCUACCGGUGAAGAUGAGGAGAACACCCGACGCCGCGGCAGCACAGAUGAGACAGAAAGUGAUCCGGAAGGUGAUUGGAUACCAGAACCCGACAGUGCUUCCAAAGCGCCGGUCACGAGUGGGGUCAACAAUGUCUUUGGCCUCAAAAGCAUUGACGAUACUAUGCACCUAGAUCAACGACCAGCCAAAAGAUUAUAUACCGCAAUCGAUUCAGCAGUAGGGCAAGGGAGGCAUAUUGAUACGCAUGAUACAGAACCAUCUACUACUGUCGUUUCCAAGCGCGGUGCUCAACAAAGCAACUCUGUGAACCUUAGCAUCCCCGAGACUCGAGAGCAUCUUCGCUUCUCUCAUCAAAAUCCUUUCUCGGCCCUUCAACCUAACAGCCAGACUCAUCCUUUGAUUCGAGCAUUCUCAUAUUCGUGGCCAGACACAAUGGUUACAUCAGACACAGAUGGCAUUGAAGGUGUCACAAGCAAAGGCCAAGCUCGGAAGAGGCUUGUCUGUGAUGAUUUGGAGACGAAGCGAAGCUGGGAGAUGAAGAGGUUUAGGAAGACUGGGUUCAAUCUGGGACGCUACAAUCGUGGCGAAUUUGGUCCUAGGACUGGCAUUAAUCGGCUCUGA